GAAAAGCCGGUAUAUAUAGUUGAUUCAGACAUUGAACUUUCCUUCUAUAUCUUUGCGAGGCGAGUGGAACUCAGAUUUUUAAAAACAUUUUCACAUGAGGAUUGAUACAUAGGUGACGAUUGUUAACUCCACCUAUACAAUGUUCAUCUGGUUAAUUAUACACGCGCGGAGUGAAAGUGUUUUGGGAUUUAUGUGUUUAUUAGUAUCCGUGCUAUGUUCUGAGUGUUUUCAACAGGAGGGAAUUAAAAUGAUUAAAACUGUCAACCGCGCGAUGGCUUCUUCAACGAUUUUAUCUCCAAAUUCGCGGAGCAAUUUAAGUCUACUAAAUUAAUCGCAAGUGUUUUUUUACAAGACGGAACUUCAAUUAAAAUAACGACAGGAUAUCUGCCUGUGCAAAUAGACAAAGUUUAAUGAGAUCUACGUUUUGCAAACAAUAGCUUAGCACAUGCAGACACACGGGAAAGAGAAAGGGGUCCGAUUUCUCCGUUAUUACCUGGAUAUCCAUGUCUGUCUAUUGAUUCUAGGACGGGAAGGUCCUUUGACGUUGUGUGAAAUUCUUAAAGAGAAAAAGACGAAACUUGUGAAGCGGGUAUUAAUAAAAACCUCUUAAUUAUCAAAAAGUAAAUAAAGUUUGUUACACUGUGUGACAGGAAUUAAAUCUUUGAUACCUACGCCCGCUAAUCACGGCGCUGGAUUGUGUCACAUCGUAUAUUAAUAUUUUUUAGAUCCCACACAGAGAAUAGCAAUAACACAAAGGUAUAUAUACCGGAGAGACAUUCUAGUCAUGGCAGAGGUGUCACACAUCAGGAACGCAACGAAUAGAACGCGACCUCUUGGCGAAGUCAAAGAUGACAUCGCGUAUAUGGUGGAGCAAGAGUCGAGGUACGCCCCCCGAGACGACUUCAACGACCAGGCAGGCGAUGUUCAGAAGAUGAAAGAUGUGAAGGAAAGCAUACGCCAUGCCGCGCUCAUCAAUAUUGUGGCUGCUGUCAACGAUUCUUGCGAUGACGACACAACCAGUUCCCAUCUUCUGGAACAGACUCAAAGAAGUACCGACGGGAAUAUGACUCUGAUCUCCAACCUCGUGUUUCACAGAGACAGAUCAAUCUCUUUUCCAAAGCCCCAACUUUUCUUCGAACCGCCAAAAACACUGUCAACGAAAAAGCCGCUGUUUUAUAGAAACUCGAAAGAUGAAGUUCUGGAAGACAUCGAACAAAGGAAGCGAUGUGUGUCCCUUACGAGAACCCGUGUACCGGUGGCUACCCCAGAGGACGAAAGCGAGAAAUCGUUGUCGGACAGACCCAAAAGCGAAGGUCUUCAGUUUUCUGUGUCGAUACAGCAACUUAGGGAUAACAGCAAAUCAAACCCGCCAAUUCCACCAUGGAUUGAAAAUUCAUCGAAAGUGAAAAACGCGCGUUCGAUGAGUCCAAGAAGACGGUUUGUUUCACUGAACAAAAAAAUAGAGACAAAGUCGGGAGCUUCAAUCCCCAAAUGUGAAGCAGUGGACAUAAUGGACGCAACAGAAUGCUUACAAAAUCGAAUUAAGCCUCCUCCUUCUGUUUCCCACAUUGAAAGUUACGGAGAGCAAGUGGAUAACUCUGAAAACGAUUCCUUGUAUAGGGCGCGAUCGCUUCCGUCGCUUUUUCCCGUAAAGAAAAAGAAGGAAACAAAGACCAGUGACAAAAGUGAAAAUGGAAGUAGUAGUGCAGAAAAAGAGAAAAGCAAACUAAUUUCUCCGUUCAAAAGACCUUCUGCAACGACAUAUGGGUGUCUUCCAAAUAUGGUUAUGGGUAAAACUAUUCAAACGAAAUCUGACAGUGAAUCGAAUUUAAUACAAGAGCAGAAAUUUUACAAACGUGUUGAAAAGGUAUCGUCUGCUAUAAAGGAAACAAUUUCUAAAUUCGAAACUUCCGCAGAACCUCCAAAAACUGACGGAGUUGUUAUCUCGUUAGAAGGUCGCUCUAUACCAAAUCCCCGAAACCCGAGUUCGUCCGGUAAUUCUAGACCUCGGGAGAAACGUCUGCUUUGCCGACCACAGACGGGACCAGACUACAUGAAAAUGAACUCCGUCCAAGAACAGAGCAUUUUGCAUGAUCUGGAUCAUCAUUUCGGUGAACUUCAGAAGACGUUGUCUCAACGAAGUAGUCAGUGGAGUGCUAAUAUGAAUCCGUCAACACAAUCUACAGAUCAAGACAUAGCAAAUUAUGGAUUAGUAGGCAGAAAGUUCAAAUCAAAAUUAAAGGAUAAGAUGUCGAGUGAAAAGAGUAAAUCACUUGUACAGAAGAUGGGGUUCAAACCAAAGUCAACCAAAAGAGUGACUUUUGCACCGGUUGAGGAUAGGCUAAAUAAUAAUGGUAGUGACGAUUUUAAAAGUUUCGUUAAUUCUGUUUGUGAAGAAAGGCAGGACUCGUCUAGAACCAAAAGAUCUAUAAAUCAAGUUAAAAUUGGUUCCUCGUCAAUGAAAGCAGUGUCAUCUGGAGAACUUUCUCGUCUUAAGAAACGAAUAAUUCCAGAGGAGUUUAACAGCGAUACCAAACCCAAGUAUGACGUAUUGGACAAUAUUAGGAUAUCUGGUAUGUCUUCUAGAGAAGGCAGCGUUCCUCCGCGGCCGCCAUCGCGCAUGUCUGACGUCAGAUCAAUGGCGUCCGAAGGAGCAACGUCAUCAUAUUUGGAUGAAGUCGCGUUCGAUUGGAACGGUCGUGAAACCGAUGCCGCCGAUCGCGCUAGUUCCAGCGUGCCCAAGAGUUACGGUGCGUCCUCGCUCUACCCAGACAGUACAAAAAUAAAACUUAACUUUAACCAUUAUAAGUACGAAGACUCUGAUGAAAGUUCUGAGGAUGAUGAUGAAGAUUAUGAAGAUGGCAAUGAGACUUAUAGGGUCGUCAAAGCAGUGGAUCUGGGAACCUUGUCCGGAUAUCAGCACAGAAAGUUCCGGAAACCGACGACAAAUCUUGAGACGUCGACAACUCAUUUUGUCAAGAUUAAGGUUAAGUAAGAUUUCUCCAAUACAGUUCUGAAAAUAACUACAGAACAGUCAGACUUGAAUGAAGAUCAAUACAGACAGGACCAACAACUGAAGUAUUUGGGAACAGGAUAAGACUUAUUUACGACCUGUAUAUUUAUCUAUUCUCUUCUCAUUACCAUAAAUAAAUGCUUUCCAAAUCAAUAAGGAAUUAAGAAAGCUAAGACAAAUCCCAUUAUCAGUAGAAACGAUACCCCGGUUACCUGUGCAUUCCAAAUACAGAUUCGAAUCAUAUUACAAUGACAACAGAGCGGAAUAUCGCCAAACAAAUGUUCCGUUCGUUAUCAGGUGGAUUAAUGUCAUUUAUACUUCUGAAGGAAAAAAUGUGAUAAAUUAGGAACGGAUGAGCGUUGUCCGGUGAGGAGGUUUCCAGACUGGGCUUUAUUGUGGGGAGAUUUUAAGCGCUGCCAUUCACAAUGUGGGUCUGGAAACUGUGCGAUGUCUGUUCAAUGGUGGAGAUAACAAUCUGUGUUUUUACAACGGACGGUUCUCUGCACAGGGCUGCGCAAAGUCUAUUGUUGUGUUACAAAACGUGCCAAAUAUUAAUUAUUGUUUAAACAAUAAAUCAACUGAAAUAAUAUAUGCUUCUUGUUGGUUAGGUGCCCCAUACCAUGUCUAAAAAUAAAUACUACAUGUAGUAUUCACAUAUUUACAGUUCCGAUGAGAGAGAGAGAGAGAGAGAGAGAGAGAGAGAGAGAGAUAUUCUAAGCUCAAUGUAUUCUUUAAAAUAUCUACAGAAAUAAGUAAUGUGCAUAAGUGCAAGCAUGAGACAUCAUGAAAUAGAACUAAAAUACAAUUUAUCUCUCAUUUUAUUAAUUAAAAACUGCAACAAAAGAAAACAUUGUUUAGAUUCAACACUAAAAUCUGCAACAAAUACAACUAAUAAGGAGUUGAUUUCAAGUACUAUAUGUUAACAAUUUUCCUUCAUCAUCAAGGUAGAGAACAUGCCAGGUUUCUAUAAGAAAUGACAAAUAUAUCAUGCCUGCUUUAAAGAAUGAACUUCAAAAGCAUAUAUUCAUAUUUCUUGAUAUCUUGUUGUUGAAUGUACAAACCUUAUAUAACUGACAGUAAUGCAAGUUACUGUACUAUAAAAAAAAUA